AUGGACAAAGAAAACACGCCAAUCAAUGAUACCACCCAUAUUCAAGAAGAUCCAGAAGUAGCAACGACAGGUUUUCUCAGUUUGACAGAAAGUGCUUCUACUCAAAACAUAGAAAACAAAAACAACUUCGAACCUUAUUCAGGUUAUGUCGUUACAGAGAAUCCAAAUGAAUCUACCAAUGAAAUAGAACAAGCAAUGCCUAUAGAUGAAAUGAAUAACUAUGGCUCAUCAAAUACACAGCAAGAUCCAAAUGCGAAGUCUGAACAAGAGCCAAGCAAUGCGGAGAGUGAUAUAGUAAAUGACGACCAUCAAAAUGUUUCAACGCAAUCUGGGAAGGACACUUCUGAAAAUGAUACACCACUUACGAGCACGAAGAUGGAAGAAGAGAACAAGAAAGAAAUUAUCACAGAUCAAAUAGCUUCUUUCAUUAAGCAAGAUCAAAAUGGCGGUAUAGAAGUUGAUAUUCUUUCCGAUGACGAGAUUGAUGUGAGAGAUGUUUCAUCUGAUAGCUCUAACAGUACGGGUGACAGUAGCUCAGAAGGUAGCGAUACAGAUCUGGAUGGAAGUGAAAAUGAGAACGAGAAAGAUCCAAUUGGUGAUGAGGAAUGCCUCGAUGAAGAUGAAGAGGUCAUUGAUGGGCCAAUAAAGUCUGUACAUGAGGUUACAAACGAAAAAGUUCCCACACUACCCGAGAGCUAUGAAAUACCAGAAAACGCUCCAAUCGAGGAAAUUGGUGAAAUUACAGGGUUAGUUGAUAGAUCUGUCAUUAUCAGAGCAAAAACGUCUGGUGAGUUUCGUAUCUUGAAAGAAGGCUCUGUAUUGUGCUUUGAAGACAAAACUUUGAUUGGUUUGCUAUACGAGAUUUUUGGCAGAGUCCAACUGCCUGUGUACUCUGUCAAGUUCAACCUGGAUGAAGAUUUUGAAAAGUUCAAGGGCACGAAAGGAAAGGCUGUGUACUAUGUUGUCCCUGAUUCUCAAUUUUUAUACACCGAUAGAAUUAAACAUAUCAAAGGAACAGACGCAAGUAAUUGUCACGAUGAAGAGGUUCCUGAAGAAGAACAAGAAUUUUCAGAUGAUGAACAAGAGCUAGCAGCAAAGCAAGCAAAGAAAAGGAAAAAGAACAAAAAUAAAGAUUUCAAAGAUAGAGAUCAACCUAAAGUAAGCGUGCAAAAGGCGCAUAUUCCAGCAUACUCGCCGAUCACCCCAUCAAGACCAACUGAUUCUAUGAGAAGGACUCAACAUCAUAGACAGGAACCCGUUCAGACUAACCACUCAUAUCAACCUAAUUUUCAACCUACGCCUCAAAUGUACCCACAACCUCAGCCCUAUUUCUCGCAGCAAAAUCAUUAUGGUACACCCCUGUCGUAUAACCAGAACACUAUGUAUGGAAACCAUCAACCGCAAUAUCAGCAGCAUAUGCAAAGCUUUGGGGCACCGCAACAAAUGAUGCAAUACGGACAGCCAACCUUUUCUCAAUUUCAACUCAAUGUUCCCCAAUAUGGACAAGCGCCUUACCACCCUUCUCCUCAAGUUCAACAAUUUGCACCCACAUUCCAACAGAACCUCCCUCCACAGAAGCCUCACCAGAGCGCUGAUCCUGCUCAAUUAGCUCGCUUACAAGAGCUAUUGAUGCUGCAGAUGCAAAAUCCACAACAACACCCUCCACAGCAACAAUAA